CAGCCAUACCGUAGGCUUUCAGUAUGUUCUGUUUUGUUGUGGAAUGACGUAGCAUGCCUAAUUUAAUCUUCCCAGCCAGCAGCCGAGACAACUUCCUCGUAUGGUAGUUUUAUUUUGAUCAGUCGGUGUGUCGAUUUCGGUCUGUGCUUUUAGAAUGUUGAGUCGACUCGGUGACCUGACAGGUGGAGACUGAGAAGCGCACAGGUGAACUGCCAUCGUUUACACGAUGAGCUACUACAGUGAUACGCCAAGUGUCGACGAUGAGUUGGAGUCGUUAGGCUGUCUUGUUUGUUUGUGGGUCAACAGCUUUGUCUUAAAGUCAGGAGUGGGUCAAACCAUGAAGUGACCUCUAAAGUGCCUUUGCAUGGUGAAGUCACUUGAGAACAAUCGUUGGUACCACUUUGACCUGUCCCGCCAUGCCGCUGAAGCUCUCCUCCUAUCCAAUGGAAAAGAUGGCAGCUAUCUCCUCCGAAACAGUCAUGAGGGUCCUGGCAGCUUUGCCCUCUCUGUCAGAGCCAAGGAUUCAGUUAAACAUUUCCAUGUGACACGGAAAAGCAGUGGAUACGCUUUUGGCUUCAAUGAGUUUGCGUCCCUCCAGGACUUUGUCAGCCAUUUUGCCAACCAGCCUCUGCUGGGCAGUGAGACAGGUACCCUCAUUGUCCUUAAAUGCCCAUAUCCAUGGCAUGUAGAAGAACCGUCCAUCUAUGAGUCUGUGCGGGUUCACACCGCCAUGCAGACAGGACGAACAGAGAGCGACCUGGUGGCUAACGCUCCAUCGUUUGGAACAAAGGAGGGCUAUCUGGUAAAGUUAGGAGCAGUCAUAAAGAACUGGAAGCAGAGGUGGUUCACAUUAAACAGAAAUGAGCUCAAAUACUUUAAGGACAAAAUGUUUGAUGAGCCUAUUCGCACCCUGGAUCUGACAGCAUGCUCUGCAGUCCAGUUUGAUUACUCCAAGGACAGGGUCAACUGCUUCUGUUUGGUGUUCCCUGAGAGGACAUUUUAUCUGUGUGCCAAGAGUGGUGUGGAGGCAGAUGAGUGGAUCAAGAUAAUACGAUGGAAACUGUCACACAUAAGAAAAGAAAGAUGACAACAUGAAGAGGAGGAGCCAAAAGAGGCAUAUUCUCACAGUGAACUAAAUUACCUUAAGUCUGGUAACUUAUCACUCAUGUUAUCCUCAGAGAUCCUUUCUGCUCCACAGAUGACUGGCUGGUAACCCAAGACAAAAGACAAUGGGGCUCUUUGACCAUCGAAAAAUGACCAUGUAAUUUUCAGGACAUGCACAAUGUUUUGGAUCUAAUCAUAUUUUUUUGCGAUAGACUUGAGUUCCUCCAAGAAUUUUAUUUUCUCUAGAUCUUUCACUUUUCUCUAGAUCUUUCACUGGUUGACAUUCACUUGAUCUUAAUUUUACUUAACAAGAUGUAACAGAAAUACUGUGAAUAAAUAUUUAUUUUAAUAGAGAAAUGA